UAUGCUUUACUUCUCUGGUCUGUAGAAGUAGCCUCUCCAACAAAAGUUUAGUUUAGGGAGUAAAACUUUAUUUUAUCGUUUCUACUGUAAUGCAUCGACUCGUUUAGUUUAGAGAGACGUACAUUUGAGGGCUCCGUGUUGUUCCCCUCAGUUCCUUUCUCAGUGUAAAUAGGAGAUAAACUUCCAGCUCAAAUCUGGGAUACUGGGAGCCGAUGGAGCGCAGUUUGUAUGGAUGAGGCACGAUGCUAGGCUAACUAACUAGCUACUAAGGAAAUGGUGAGGGUCGACACUACCCAGUGAAGAAUAGCAACAGUAAGUGGAUCCACUGACAUGGAGGGCAACGGAGAGAUCAGUGACACUGACAGCGGCAUCAUCCUUCACUCAGGCUCUGACAGCCCAAUGACACACAUGAAGGAUGUGACCACGCAUACACGGGCCAUGAAGCUCAAACACCAGGCUCUCCAAGAACGACUGGAGAUCUGCCUACUGGAGCUGAAGAAAGUCUGCAUCCGAGAAGCUGAGUUGACAGGCCGGCUGUCAGAUGAUUACCCUCUGCUGCCAGGAGAGAAGCCUCCGCAGAUCCGCAGACGUAUUGGAGCUGCGUUCAAAUUUGAUGAACAAAGCUUCCCUCGAGGAGCAGAGGAGUCAGAACUGAGUUUUGUUGAUGCUGAGUUGGCGCUUCAGAUGAAGAUAUACGAGGCAGUGCGCAAGCUCUGCGAGGAGGUUCACCCGAGUAAGGCUGUUAAGAAGAGCCGCUUACAGCAGUGCAAGAGAGAAGAGAAAAAACUCAAACGCCUGCAAGAGACGGCCUUUCAGCUUCGCCUGGAGCACGGCCGUUCAUCACCACUUCCUGCUUUUAAUAUUGCACAACACGAUCUGGGUACAUCUGAUGACAGCUCUCUGUCUGAUUCUGUGGUGCAAGAUGAAGAAGUGACAAGUCAGUCAUCACAGCUGUCUUCAGGACUCCCUGAUCCAGGAGAGACAGACCCGCCCCGGCUUCCCUCUGUGUCCUCACAAUCCUUCUCAAAAAGCUCCUACAUGUCUCCAUCUGCGGCUCCACAAAACCUGCCGCAGACUCCAAGCCAGUCUCCCCAUCCCAGCCUCACGUCUACGCCCAGUUUCAGCUCAAGCCCUGCAAGUGACCUUCCUCCCAUCCAACACUCCCCGUGGACAGAGUCUAGUCUGGACCAACCUUACCAGAAGAACAGGAAGUCGCGCUCCUCCAACAAGUCGAGUUCAUUCAAAACGGAGUUGUUACCCCCACUGGAGGCUGUUUUUGCUUCCCACCUGAAGCUGGGCCACAGCCAGUCCAACAGCACGCCCUCCACACCAGAGAUGAGAGUCCACAGACAGCUCUCCCUCAGAAUACCCAACCCUGAGUCUCCAUUUGAAAGGGAGCGAGGUCGCACCAGAAGUGCAAGGAGGCGACUGACAGAAUUUGCAAUAACUUUACCGGAUGCUCCUCUUCCUGCUGUGAACUACGCAAACUAUGUCAACUCUGAGGAUAGCAACUCUGAACACUCGUUUUCAUCUUACAACAGCUCACCGUGUCAGGAGCUGCCCUGUGAUUCACCCAAACAGUAUCAGUCUGCAUUCGUGCACUCUGGCCCCGGGGGCAGCUGUGGCCCUCAAGGCUUCCCGAGCACUGGCUUUUACCAUAACCCCCGGCAACAGUCCAGCCCCGGGUUUCCUAAAGCCUAUUACACUGAAGAAACAGCCUACCGACCUGAACUGGACUUGGCACGGGGCUAUUACACCCAGCGGGCUCCCUGUGCUCCCAACAGAUAUGAGUAUUACUAUAAAGACCCUGCUGUGCUCCACCAGAGAGCACAGAGGCCUCUACCUCCUGAUAUCAGACUCUCCCCCUCCCCGGCUCAGUGGGAGCAUCCGCAGUACCGCUCCAAUGGCCUUCCAAAACAAGUAGUGAACGAGCAGCUGACCUCGUGGCACCACCGCAGUCAGCUGAAGUCCCCCAGGUCCUGCUCUCUGGACAGACAGGGGGCCGUCAGAGUUAAAAACAUUUCUGCUCGGGAGACCGCCUUUCACCAAAACCAGAAGUACCAUGAGCAGGUAAACAGACACAAAUAUGUUGACACACAUCUUACAAUCUGUCAACAUAGAAACAGACAUACUGAAACAAGUAGUAGUACCAAAUAAUGAAUAAUUUAAUAAGUUCUUCAUGACAGGAAAUAGUUUUUAUUCACCUAAUCACUACGAUAAGAAAUUCCGGCUUAAGAGGCAUUUUGGUAAAUGUGCCUGUUUGAUCAGAAACCUGUGGGUGAACUCAUGUUGUAAAAUAACAUUGUUUCAAUAAUUUACUUAUAUUGUUUCUAUUGUUGUUGUUGCUAACUCAGGUUAUCCAGAGAAGGGCUCUUCAGAGAGAGGAGACUCGCUGGGUGGUAGAUGACGGUUCUCACUUUAUGAGUCAAGUUUAAACCAAGGACACCUUGGACCGCAAACUGAGAGGCGACUGCAUUUAUUACCAAAUAACCAAAGUGGAGUCUUAAGAAAAUCAAGUCAAAUUUACUUUUUAAGUCCCUAAACAUUUUUUUUUUUUUCAUGAUUCUUGUUUAUCUUUCUGCCUGCAUUAAGGGAUAAUAACGAAUGCAUCUUACACUACAAUCUGAUACAAAAAUAAUAUGGCUACUAAAGUGACUGUAAAGAUAACCCCGGUUGCUUGUAAAAUGUGCCCAUUGUUUUUGUCCACUCUAUAUGAAUUCAAUGCUUGUUAAAUGUUACUGAGAGCUGUUUGAACCUGCCACAGUUCAAAACUCAUAUUUAAGUUUAUCAAACAAAACCACAGAGUUUCUGCUUCUUUAAAUACAGGGUUAUUUUGAUAUGCGAAUUGACUAUGAUAUGACAUAACGAAACGGAAAUCGUCAGCCAAUAGUUUGGAAGCUCGAACAGGGAAAUGCCCAACACAAUUUAACAUUGUUGCCAGAUUGUGAAACAUUUAUGUUUUUAAAAAGUAACAUUUUACAUUUAACUAGUUACAUUAAGGUCCCUGUUGAAGGUAAUCUCACAAGAACUAACAUCAAUUAAUCAUGUACAUGUCUAUAACUACUUAGUUAUACAACAGAGUGCUGCAUUAGAUGUUGCAAUCUGUAGCGAAAUGAUACAACUUCAAUUGAGGAAGUGUUCAAGACAGAGAAGUUUACUUUUUGCUGUGUGGUAGAUGGGGUGCUCAAUUUCUAGCUGUUCGAAUGAAAUCAAUGAAUUGUAAAAUAAUGUAAAUCAGUAACAUGUCCUUUUUAGCUACAUUUUGUGUUUAAUGUUCCAUGAUUUUCUUUUUUCAUCAUGUUAAUGAACUUGAGCUGCUUACAUUUUAAGAUCCCAGUUGUUUCUUCAUAAUCAUGUACUUUUAGAGGAAAAUGCGUCUUCUUUUUCUACUUAUUGUGUCUGUGGAUCUGCCAGUUAACUUGAAUUACUUAUAGACUUAAUAAAGUAGUUGAAACUAAAUAUUAAUUUACUCACAUGAGCUGAAAGGCAGCAAAUUUAACAAAAGCAGAGUCUUGAUGUUUGGCAGCUAUUAAAGUGUUCAAAUCAAAUUGAAAUAUCCCAAACUUUAACAGAUAUUUGUCAGUGUCUGUAUUAGAUCUGCUCUCAAACCACUGACAAUGUGUGAUUCACAAUCAUGUCUCACGAUCAAACACGCUUUCAACGGUUCAAAUGAAAGCAACCUUCUGCAAAUUCAACUACAGCUUCACACUGACCGGUCCCUCACAGUGAUCUAUGUAUGUGUUUAUUUAUUGUGAUGUGCACCAUUUGACUUAUGGAAAGUCAGACUUGAAAUAGAAAAAGACUUGGACCUGAGUUUGCAAAAUACAGCAGCAGUAAAGACUGUUUUGAGAUGUAUAUAGAAAAAAACAGAACACAAUCAUGUACCCUUGUGUGCCUCUUUUUUACUGUAUUUCUUUUUAAUUUAUCAGUUAAAGUAGUUUAAGUGAAACUAAUAAUAAUGUGUUAUGUUGCUGAUGAUAAAUCUGUGAAGUGUUUACCCUGUGGAAGAAAAUAAAGAAUAAUAUUUGCA